AAAAGGCCACAAAUGAAUACAAUACCAGUGAGGACUGGGGUCUUAUUAUGGAUAUAUGUGACAAAGUUGGAAGUACUCCUAAUGGAGCAAAAGAUUGUCUCAAAGCCAUAAUUAAGAGAGUCAGUCAUAAGGUACCACAUGUUGCUUUGCAAGCACUCACACUGCUAGGAGCCUGUGUAUCAAACUGUGGGAAGAUUUUUCACUUGGAAAUAUGUUCCCGUGAUUUUGCAAGUGAAGUACGUGGUAUAAUAAAUAAGGCUCAUCCUAAAGUAUGUGAAAAGUUAAAAGCUUUAAUGAUGGAGUGGUCAGAAGAAUUUCAAAAGGAUCCUCAAUUUAGCUUAAUAUCUGCAACUAUUAAAUCUCUUAAAGAAGAAGGAGUAACUUUUCCUGCAGCUGGAUCUCAGACUCUCACAAGUGCUGCCAAGAAUGAUGCAUCAUCAAGCAAAAACAAAGAAGAUGAAGAUAUUGCUAAAGCUAUUGAAUUAUCUCUUCAAGAGCAGAAACAGCAGCAAACGGAAACUAAAUCCUUAUACCCAUCUGCAGAAAUUCAACAGAACAAUCAGAAGGUCUUAAGGAAGGUGCGAGCCCUGUAUGACUUUGAAGCUGUUGAAGACAAUGAGCUCACCUUUAAAAGUGGAGAAGUUAUUAUUGUUCUGGAUGACAGUGAUGCUAACUGGUGGAAAGGUGAAAAUCAGAGAGGAGUAGGACUGUUCCCAUCUAACUUUGUAUCCUCUAACUUAAAUGAAGAACCUGAGACAGCUACAGUGGAUAAACCCCCUGUUACUGAAGAAACUACAGAAGAAAUUAAGAAAGCAGAACCUGAACCUGUUUAUAUAGAUGAGGAUAAAAUGGAUAGAACACUGCAGGUGCUUCAGAGCAUAGAUCCUACAGAUGCAAAGCCUGAUUCUCCAGAUCUUCUAGACUUGGAAGACAUCUGUCAACAGAUGGGUCCUAUGAUAGAUGAAAAACUAGAGGAGAUUGAUAGAAAACAUUCAGAAUUAUCUGAAUUGAAUGUGAAAGUUCUGGAAGCCUUGGAACUCUAUAACAAAUUGAUGAAUGAAGCACCUAUGUAUUCAGCCUAUUCAAAGCUUCAUGCUCCAGCACACUAUCCACCCACAUCCGCUGGUGUUCCAGUGCAGCCGUAUUCUGUACAGCCACAAGGUGGAAAUUACAUGAUCCAGGGUAUGCACCAAGUCACACUUCCCCAAGGCUAUAGUCUAGGACCUGAUCAAAUGGGCCAGCUAAGGUCCCUGCCUCAAACUAUAAAUUCUUCAGGAGCAACUCAGUCUGCUCAGCCUUCAUAUUUAAGCCCUGGACCAGAUGCUGUGUCAAACUCUGCGUACAUGAACCAGAACUCUGGCCUUCAGUCAUCUACCAAUACAGCUACUUACACGCAACAUAUGGGAAUGUCUGUGGAUAUGUCAGCUUACCAGAACUCUACAUCUAGUUUGCCUCAAGGAGCAGGCUAUCCUGUGGCAGUUCCACCUCAUUCAGUUCCACAGCAACCAACAAAUUACCAUCCACAGCCUCUCCUUUGAAAAUAAACUAGGCUCAUAGUCCCCAAAGCAUUCAUAAAUGUUGGUGAUCCUCAUGAUUUAAAUAGCCUGUAAUUGGUAUACAAGUAUACUUUCCCUUGAUUAAAAUAAUCUAAUUUGCUACGUUAUAAUGCUAAGCAGUUAUUUCAGAGUUAAAUUUUCAAGUUUGACAGUUUAGAAUUUUUCUAAAGACAGUUUGAGCUAUUAAAAAAAAUCAUAAAUAAUGUCAGUCCCCACUUACGUAGCCUCCAUUAACUAAAACUUUCAAUCUCAUUAAGUAUCGUUCUCAAAUCUAAACUUAAAUAAGAGAAUCUUUUCCUUUUAAUGUUCUGGAAACUUGAGAAGGUGCUUUAAAAUCUAAUGAUAGUGCUUUAUCUGUUCUUUUUGAAGUCUCUUCCAUUGUUUCAGAGAAUCUUUUCACUACAAUACUAGUUUGUCCAACAUAUCCCACCAGUUUAGAAAAAUAUAAUUCUGUUUGUUGCAUCAUAAACAGUUCCACUUUGUCAGAUGCAUUACAUAAUAGAAGAAUUGUAUGAUAAAGGAAGUCUGAAGUUGGGGACAAAAUGUUCCUUGACAUUAUGGUAAUGGGGACCAUGUAAAUACAAUAUGAAAAUUAAAGAUUUUGUACGUUAUUACUAGACUUGAUUUGGAGUACCCAAGGGGUCUUCUCUUUCCUUUACAAGGAAUUCGUUUGGGAUGUUGGAGCUCUCUUGCUCCUUCUCCAAAAGGGGUGGUGCUUCCAGCAUUUUUUAGUUCCAAAGGUGGGUAGGGAUGCAGCAAAUAAUUGGGAGUGUUCUGAGGUUGCAAAUUACUUAACUGGAAAUUUGUGAAGUCUGUCUGUGUGCUGUUUAAGGGUAGGAGAGGUUCAGGAGUGCAGGAGUCUGCCUUGUUUGCUCUCAAAAUGGUGGAGGUGAGUUCCAGGAGCACAAAUUACUUGUAUGGAUCAUUGAGUUCUUGUUGUCUUUAGGGUUUCCUCUCACUAUUUACUUGUCUAGAAUACAUUUGAGAAUGUAUACUUAUGCCACUGUGGAUGCAAAGCAAAGAUUUCUUGUUAGUGGGACUCUUUUUUCCCCCCUCCAUUUUGGCCAUAAAAAAUAGAUGACACCGAAAAUGACAAGCAUGCCUUUAAAAGAAUCACAUUAUGCAUGAGGAGCUGCAGCAUUCACUGCAAAAGAAACAGGAUCUGGAGGCUUUUCCUGACACUUGAAUUUUAUGGGUUGUUUCUCUAAAGGAGUAGAUGAACUGCAAGAGCAGAAUUAUCGUCCAAGAAUAUGGGAUUUUUUCCUUUGAUUGCUUAACUUCUGGAAAGUUGCACAUCAUUCUCCUCCCAGCUUACCUACUUGGCUUCUUAAUAUUAUAUUUAUGCAUAUUUUUAACUUUGUUAUGAUGGCUGACAUGUAGACUGGGAAGAAUAAUGGAUAUAAAUAACUUUGAUAAAUAAAAUUCAUUAAAUGCAUGGAAAUCUGAAAGCAUGUCCACAAAUGAAUGUUAUGGUGUAUUUUGUUUUCUACCAGUUACGACCUUGUUACAUUGUACAUCUUCCUUGUGUUUUUUCCCCAACUAAAACUCACCAUUUGUUCAGCGCCACCUCCAUUUUUCUUACUGUUACUAAAUACAUUAUUUAGUGUGAUCUCGUUCAAACAUGGCUUCAUAUUGGAACAAUAAGGUAUUCAGUGCCUGGUUAUUUUAUACUCAAGUUUCUGUAACUGGAGCUAUAGUCUUUCCUCUCCAGUGUUUUAAUUUGGCAUUAUCCUUCCAGGUGAAGAUGUUCAGUAUCAAUGUAAAAUGCUUUAAUAUGACACCUUGGAAGCAUUGAGAUAAUGUAUUCCAUGUGUUCUUUGGCGGGGAUGGGAGAGGAGGAAGAAUCACGAAAAAACAUUACAAAAGCUGCUGUUUAAAAUUCUUACUAUUUGAAAAUUUGUAUGUAAGGACUUAAUUUGUUCCAAAUAUUUAAUCAAAUUACCCCCCAUUAACAUUUAUGUAGGUUCUUCAUGUUUUUCAUUGAAAUAUAAGGAAAGUGAAUCCAAUAAAAAAGUCUUUGAGAUGGUAUAAAUAUUUUCCAUUUUCUUAAUUUGGGAUGAACAGAGUUGGUGUGAAGUUAGAUUAAUGUGUUUGAUUAAAUUCUGAUCUUAUAAUAUAUGAAAUAUAAAUAGUGUGUACAUACCCAUUUGUCUGAGAUUUUAUACACAAAUAAAUAAAUAAAUAUAUACACACACACACACACACACACACACACACACACAC